AUGGCAAAUGACAGAGAAGUUCUACGUGAAAUAUGGGAUGGAAAAUUGCCAAUUUGUUUUCAAUUAGACCAAGAGGAAAUCAUGGAAAUCCAACAACCGGAUCCCUUUUAUGUUAUGGUGCCCAGGCUAAGUUACUUUCCUUUGGUAACAGAUAAAAUGAAAAGACAUUUUCUUCGCUACAUUUCUCAAGAAAGUGCUGAUAGUGAAAUGUGGCUUGAUUAUAAUGGACAACCGUUAAAAUGGCAUUAUCCAAUAGGUUUUUUGUAUGAUCUAUAUUGUGGCAGUGACCCACAGUUGCCAUGGACAUUGACAGUACAUUUUACGAAAUUCCCAGAGAAUAUACUUCUCCACUGUACAAAUAAGGAUGUUGUAGAAGCACACUUUAUGUCAACAAUAAAAGAAGCUGACGUGCUUAAGCAUAGAGGACAAGUAAUGUCUACAAUGCAAAAAAAGGACCACAACCAAUUGUGGCUAGGAUUACAGAAUGAUAAGUUUGAUCAAUUUUGGGCAAUAAAUCGAAGACUAAUGGAAUCACAUGGAGAAAAUGAAGGCUUCAAACACAUUCCUAUAAGAAUAUAUUCAGAUGAUGGGACAUGUAAUCAGCGUCUAGUCAGUCCCAAAAAUAAUGAUGGCAGCAGAAAAAUUCUACAGCAGUUAAUUUCGGAAAUAUUUCCUGACAAAACCGAAGUUAAGUUAAGAACUCAUGGGAUUAUGAUUCCACCAGACACACCAUUGCAGUGGCUAUCGGAACACAUGAGUUAUCCUGAUAAUUUUCUCCAUCUUUGUGUGUGUUGA